UCCUCCAGAUUUAUUCCAAAAUGUGCGCGUGUGAGAGAGAGAGGUGAUCUCAUCAGCUCGGCAUUUUCUACUUAUACUUAUAUUUUCAUUUCAGUUUUGAAUUCAUUGUCUGUGUGUUUAUGUCUUACCAGUGUUCAGAACUCGCUCCCCUCCCCCUUCUUCAGUCCCUAACUCCCUCUCUUUCCUCCUCCGGUCUUUUGGCUUCUUGCCCGGAUUUUCUUCCAGGGUGUGUGUGUGUGUGUGUGUGUGUGUGUGUGUGUGUGUGUGUGUGUGUGUGUGUGUGUGUGUGUGUGUGUGUGUGUGUGUGUGUGUGAGUGUGUGUGUGUGUGUGUGUGUGUGUGUGUGUGUGUGUGUGUGUGUGUGUGUGUGUGUGUGUGUGUGAGAGAGAGAGAGAGAGAGAGAGAUAAGAUAAUCUUAAACGUGACUAGGCAGUUAAGAGGCUGUUAUGUAACCAUCGACCUACUAACACAUAUCCCCAUAAUCCCUGCCAAUGAGGAAGGCUAAGGUACAAUAACACUAGACAGAACAUAGAUGAUAGCCACAAAGAGACACAAGCCGCUCCAGGAUCUACACUGCCAAGAAUCACAGGGAAACGAAAAGCUCCGCACAAUAUACUUAGGAAUGUGUAUAUAUAAUACUUAGACACAAAAAGCCAUUUACAACUUGGAUGCUUUGAAGUAAUUCUUAUCUUAAGGUACAGUAACGAAUCUCAGCGUUGUCUAUAAUCUCCCUCGCUCUAUCUCUCUCUUCCCUCCCCCCUCUCAUUCUUACUGUGUGUGUGUGUGUGUGUGUGUGUGUGUGUGUGUGUGUGUGUGUGUGUUUUAUAUUGGCAGGCUUGGCAAAUCUUCACCCGGUACUAGCAAAUCUGUCUAUUUCCGCGCGAAGCUGCCAGUGUGGUGUGUAUGUCUGUAACUCUACAUGUUGAUUUAAUUAACUGCCCUUGCCCUUGACUGACCAUUGGAGGGGCAUGGAAUCAUCUCCAAAUGGGAGAAGACGUUGGGCUCAAGCCAGUUUCAUAGCAUGCCCAGGAUGCCUCUGUCUUGCCUGAGUCAACCGCUGUCUCUGAUGGAAUCUGGCUACUACUCGGAGAUGGAGAGUCUGGAGUCCCACACCCCGGACACCCCUGGCACCUUCAGCCAAGAGCUGGUCCACAGAAGCAAGGCAGGCCGGGGCAGAGCCAGCGCCACCAGCCGUAGGAAGCGCGAGUUCAUCUCCGACGAGAAGAAAGACGCCAGCUACUGGGAGAAGAGGCGCAAGAAUAACGAGGCCGCCAAAAGGUCGCGGGAGAAGAGGAGGAUCAGCGACAUGGUGCUGGAGAACCGGGUGCUGGCACUGAACGAGGAGAAUGUCCGCUUGAAGUCAGAGCUACUGUCUCUGCAGCUGAGGUUCGGCCUAAUCACCUCCGCCGCGUAUGCGGAGAAGAGUCGUCAGCUGUCAGGCUCAGCAGGGAGCUCCUACUACACCGGCUACUCCACUGUGCUCCUCCAAUCUGACUCCUCUGAGGCCGAGCACCCCAGCCAAGGGCAGACGUUCACACCCCUCAGCAAGUAUUCGCCCAGAGGCUCCCUCUCCGAUACUUCUGAUGGAUCGUUGAGCACUGGGAACAGUCCGGGGCCCAUGAUUCAAGGGGACAACAGGCAAGAUGAGAACUCAAUGGACAAGGACUUGAUGAGGGACAUCAAGGAGGUCAUGAAUGCCCAGGUCCCCUUUGGAGAGUCGGCAUCUCUGCUAAGGAGCUACCACAAUAUGGAGUUUGUAAGUUACAAGGAGCAACUGAAGUACAGCUCUGCAGCCAGGGACAUUAUUCGGUAUGGGAGUCAAGGCUGUGUGGAAACCGGAGACACUCAUACUGCCCACCUGGAUGACUUCCGCCUUCUGUCCGAUGUGCCCCAGGUCCCAGGGAAUGGCAGAACAGAUUACCCACAGGGAGGGGUCCGCGCAGCACCCGCGCCUUCGAUGCUGGUGGAAGGUCAGCGGCAGAUGCCUCUGAACAGCGUGGGCCUGUGGUGCGCUCAGCGGCCGCUGGCCACACGGGCCCGGGAGGAGCCGGACGAUCUCCCACUGGGGGGCUACGCAGCUGAGCUGUGUCCAAGGUCCGGUCGCGAGCACCCAGUCAUUGAGCGGCUGGUGCGUGUCAGUCCCCAGAGUUCCCUGGGCGUCAAUGAAGCGGGUGACCACACUGCAGUCCCCAAUCUGGACGAGGUUCCACAAUGUUCCCUCACCCGGAGCUUCCCCGCCGAGAAGCAGGAGACUUCAGAAUGCUCCCUGCUGCUCUUUUCUGUCAUUAAGACGCCCGAGGUUCUUGAUCAAGGCCUGGUGGCACACUCUGGUGUCGCUGCGGACAGGGUAUCAGAUGGUGCCCUUUCUGAAGGUUCGGACAGUGACAGCCUAGACAGGGCAGAUAGGUCCGGCCUCUGCGACAGAGCUCACUCUGACUCCCCCCAGGUGCUCAGGAGAAUGGCUCUUCCUCAUAAGCUCCGCCUGAAAGCCAGAGCCAUGGUUCAGGGUGGAGAACAAGAUGGUGGGCAGGAUCUCCCACAGCACCAUAGUGAUCAGGGGGCUCCACUGCUGAGGUGCAAUGGCCUCCGUCACAAUGGGCCCAUCAUGAGAGGUCACGCUCCAGUUCACAGGAAGGGAGAUCUCUGGAGUGAAUCGGGGCAUCUAGUCAUUAAGGCAUCUCAGUGUGCAGCAGGAGUGCUAAGUCAGUUUGAGCAACCUACCCCCCAAGGGUCUCCUAAACUCCAGAGCAACCAAAUCUCCACAUCAAAGGGCCCCAACCAUGGUACUGCAGGUAUGGCCUGCUUUAGGAAUGCCACACAGGAAGCUGAGUCGUCACCACUCCACCCGGGCUACAAUUUAACCAGCCCCACUUAAGGACGAAACACGGAGGAACAUGGCUAUAGAGAAGUAAAAUAAGGAUGCUGGUUCACCUGAACGUCCAAGGCUACCAAAUAGCAGCAAUGUCUCCAUGUAGCAGAUAUCUUCUCACCUUCUUGCUGUGUACCAGGACAGAAAAACGUUAAAAAUUGUCCAUCCCUGGAUGCAGGUCAGCAUCAGAGUUGCUUGCUGGACCAGACUUGGUGUAUUCAUAUCCUUUACUGUUUCAGGGACUGAUACACAUCGAUUGGACGAUUGGUUAUUUAUUGUUUUUUAUUUAUUUAGCAAUACAGCACAGAAUAGGCCCUUCUGGCCCUUCAACCCAUGCUGUCCAGCAACCCCAACAACCUCGAUGAACCCUAACCCAAUCACAGGGCAAUUUACAAUGAUCAAUUAGUAUGUCUUUGGAGCGUAGGAAGAAACCAGAGCAACUAGGAAAGCUCACACAUCCCAUGGGGAAGGCAUACAAACUCCUUACAGAGGAUGCUGGGAUUGAACCCCAAGCUGUAUUAGCGUCACGCUAGCCACUACGUAAGGAUGGAAUAAGAGCCAUCACUUCUAUUCAUCAGGACUGAGGAGAUAAAUCUCAUCAAGCAAUAGACAGCCUGUGCUCCUGUGACUUUUAGCCAGAUCUGUACAGUUCUAAACACAGUACCAGCAAGGCCGUGUGGCAGGGCCGCAAGUCUGUACUCUAGUCAUCAUUCACUUCGAGGUGUCAGUGUGGUUUAGUCGGCUGAACUCAUGCCCAGGCAUUGAGAGACUGUAGAAAAUCAGAAAUUAAUCAGGUGGAUAGAAGGAAUUUGUAAAAUGAGCUUCAUUGUGCUGUUUCUCAUGAUUGGUGUUCACACCUUAAAGUUCCUCGCAACCUUUUCAGACACAGUGGCAUCUAUCCAUGUGUACUCAACAGUUUCAUUACGAGUCUCAAUGGCUUGCUUCCCAGUCACGGUCAAAGCCAGAACGAGAGCUGGUUCUCAUUCUGCUUGUGGGCUACUGCCAGCAAACACACAGUCUUUCUGCACUAACUCGUUCACCCUUCCUAAACACUUGUGUAUUUCUGCCAUAGACAGCUUAUAAUUUCCAUCUCAAUAGCCCAACUGAUAUACAGCAGAGGGUGUAGACAAUAGGGACAAUUCGGCCAGCCAGCAUCCGUGGCGAGGGAGCUUGGACGAAAGUAUCCCGGGUUGGUCUGGUCCACAAGGCACAGAUACUGAAUCUGUGGUUACAGUCACAGAUAUUGGGUUGAUAAGUCUGUAAUAUUGAAAGGCUGAGGAAAAUGUGUUUCCUGUAGCGGGGGAGUCUAGGAUUGGUGGUCUCAGCCUCAGAAUAGGAUUUCCCUUUAGAACAGAAAUAAGGAUUCCUUUAGCCAGAGGGCGGUCAGUCUGAGGAAUUCAUUGCCACAGAUGGCUUUGGAGUCCGAGUCAUUGAGUAUGUUUAAAGCGGAGGCUGAUAGGUUCUUGAUUAGCAAAAGUGCCAAAGGCUAUAGGGAGAAGGCAGGAGAAUGGGGUUGAGAGGGAGAAUGAAUCAGGCAGGACUGAAUGGCGGAGCAGACUUAUGGGGCAAAUGGCCUAAUUCUACUCCUAUGUCUUAUAGUCCUCAUGGUUUUACAGUAUAUGAGUUGGAGGGUCCUCCCUAUAAUUUCUACGAUAACAUUAACAGAAAAUGGUGGAAAAAUAAGUGGUGCUUGAACUGAAAUGUCAACAUUGCUACUCUUUCCGCAGGUGCUGCCUGACCUGUUGAGCGUUUCCAACGUUUUAUUUCAGAUUUACAGCAGCUGCACUGUUCUUGAUUUUCAAUGACUUUUUCUGAGUCCUAACAUCUCUAUCCCACUGAGGCUAGAUUCCCCCACAUGGGGUUGGUGUUGCCCUCACCACACUAACUCUACCGGGUAUCUCUUUGGAGUGUGGGAGGGACCAGAGCACCCGGAGAAAACACGGAGAAACAUCCAAACUCCUCACAGACAGUGGUGGAAAUCGGAACCUGAUUGCCGAUCACUGACGCUUCAUUUCACGAAAAUGCUUCAUUUUAUUUUUGCUGUUGCAAGAAAUAGUUUAUCAAUUGCUGGUCACAUACACAGUAGACGCUUAUGCAAAGCCAAGAUCCCAAAGUUGAAAAGGAAGAAUUUGAAAGCACCAUUUUGUCCAUUUUACACGAUUCAUUGUCCAAUUCUACUUUAGAAUCAGAAUCAGAUUUCGUAUCAGUGGCAUAUGUCGUGAAAUAUUUUUGUUUCUGUUUUGCAACAGCAGUACAAUGCAGUACAUAAUUUAAAAUACCUGCAAAUUACAAUAAGAAAUAUACGCGCAUUAAAUUAAAUAAGCAGUGCAAAAAGAGAGAGAAAUAUAUAAUGAGGUUGUGCACAUGGGUUCAUUAUCUGCUCAGAAAUCUGCUAAUGGUGGGGAAGAAACAGCACCUUAAACACUGGGUGCAUGACCUCAGUCUCCUGUACCACCUGCUUGAUGGUACAAGGGGAAGUGGGUGAGUCCUAGCGUCCUUGAUGAUAGAUGACACCGUUCUGAGGCAUCGCCUUUGGAAGACGUCCCCGAUGCCGGGGUGAGUUGUGCCCAUGAUGGAGCAGGCUGAGUUUGCAACUCACUGCAGAUUUUUACAAUCCUGUGCAGUGGCCCCUCUAUUCCAGGUGGUGAUGCAACCAGUUAGAAUGCUCUCCACAGUACAAGUAUAGAAAUUUGAUGGAGUCUUUGGUCACAGAAUAAACUUCUUCAAGCCCCCAAUGAAAUAUAGUCACUGUCUUGUCUUUUUUUUCUAAUUGCAUCAAUAUGUUGGGCCCAGGAUAGAUCUUCAAAGAUGUUGACAACCCAGAAACUUGAACCUGCUCACCCUUUCCCCUGUUGAUCCCUCAAUGAGACAAAUUUGAAAGCAUAAUUUUGUCCAUUUUGCAAAAGUUAUUGUCCCAACCUACUUCAAUUCACGUAAUUGGAAUAGGUUCUCUAGUGACUUUGCUGUGCGGAGGCAAAAAUUCAUAAAUGCAAGUGAUUCUGCAGGUGCUGGAAAUCAGGAGCAACUCAUGCAAAAUGCUGGAGGAAUUCAACAGGCCAGGCAGCAUCUAUGAAGAAGAAUAGUUGACAUUUCAGCCUGACAACCUUCUUCAGGACUAUCAAAGGACCUCAGCCUGAACUGUUAGCAAUAAUCUCAUUGUGUAUCCGGUGACUGACACACUGUCUCCUGUAUUGCAAACACACUGGUAUCACAGUGGCACCAGUCUCCAGGCCUGAGUGCCUCUGCUCCACACACUGAGAAAGGCCGGUUACUUUCACUUUCAAAAGGACUUUACUUCUGUAAAUUUAUUUGUGUGUUACUGCACUCUGAAUUGUCCAUGAGCCAGUAGAACUGUACAAAGGUUCAGAACAUUGUUAAUUUUAAUUUUUAAUUUAAUUUAAAGUUUAAAAAUUUUAAAUUCAAAAAUUCAAUUUUUAAACUUGCAUUUCUUAAAAUUUUUUGGCACGUUGGCCUUCAUAAGUCAGAAUAUUGUAUGCAGGAGUUGGAUGUUUUGUUGAAAUUGUGGAAGACUUUGAUAAGGCCUAAUUUGGUGCUUUGUGUGCAGUUUUGGUCAUCUGCUGGCAGGAAUGAUAUCAAUAAAAUAGAAAGUGUACAAAGGAUGCUGCUGGGACUUAAAGACCUGAGUUAUAGUGAAAGUUUGAAUUGAUUAGAACUUUAUUCCCUGAAGUAUAGACGAAUGAGGGGAGAUUUGAUGGAGGUAGAUAAAAUUAUGAGUGGUAUCAAUAGGGUAAAGCAAGCAGCUUUUUCCACUGAGGUUAGGUGAGACUAGAACUAGAGGUCAUGGGUUAAGGGUGAAAGGUGAAACGUUUAAGGGGGAUCUUGUUCACUCAGAGGAUGGUGCAAGUGUAGAAAGAGCUGCCAAAGGAUGUGAUGGAUGUGGGUUCAAUUUCAAUAUGUAAAGGAUAUUUGGGUAAGUAUCUGGAUGGGAGGGAUAUGAAGGGCUAUGGUCCAGAAGAUGGUUGAUGACACAGACUGGUUGACCCAAAGGUCUGUUUCUGCACUGUAGAGCUCUAUGAGUUUAUGAAUAUUUUUGGAUAAGUUUGGGGAAGAUAACCUGGUGAAGUUUGAUUCAAGACAGCUGAAACUUGGCUUAAUCCAAGUAUUAUUAAUGUCAUUUUUGUCAUUUUUAAUGUCCACCCACUUCUGAAAGAGUGAAAAUGACCCCUAUAGAACCAUUUAUUGUUGCACAGUGGUCAUAAAUUUGCUUUAGAAAUUAAUAACCCUUAAGAAAUAUCUCUUAGUGGACACCUGUUAUGAGAAAACUUCAUUAAGAGUGUACCCCUGAACCAACUCAAGGAAAUUAACUUGGUUUGGAGGGAUGGCCUAAACUCAUAAGAGACCUGAUAGAAACUUGAACGUUUAAUUUGCACUCAAGAUUCCUGGAAUUUACUUAGUAGUUUUGUGUGAAUUGGAAUGGCAGCAGAAAUUCUUUCUUGCUGUGGUUGUCAGGGGCGUAGGCUUCACCUUGGGCUGGUCAGUAACCAAGGAACAACUUCAAGAGAAUACAAUUAACCUAACCCCAUUGGUCUUGAGUUGGGGUAGUUUCCACCAGAAGGAAUUAGGGUUGGACAAUUGCAGAGGUUUCAUCAGAACAUUGAGGUCUGGGCUGUAUCCAGUCAACGGUGGGGCCUGUCAAUGGUCCUCUUUCCAACACCAAAGUCAAUUUGGAGAUUCAGCAUGGUGGCAGGUCCUUCCGGCCCAAAGGACCUGCACUGCCCAAUUGCACCCAUAUGACCAAUUAACAUGCUGACCCAUGCAUCUUUCGAAUAUGAGAAGGAACUGGAGCAUCCGGAGGAAACCCACGCAGUCACAGGGAGAACUUACAAACUCUUUCCCAACAGCAGUGGAAUUGAACCCAGAUCACUGGCACUGUGAUACGACUACUCUACUGUGCCACCCACUUUAAACAGGGCUCGUCCAGGAUGAAAGGAUGUCAAUCACCUUUAAAUAUCAUUCAUUCUGAAUACCCAACUAUCAACCGCAUUGUGAUAUUUGUUCGCCCUUGCUGGGGCAGUGUUUCAGAACAUGAAUUAUGAAAUGAGUACAUAGAGAUGAAACUGUUCUGUACCAAAAAAAAAUCAUUACCUCUUUCAUGGCCAAAGAAAACAAUAAUAAAAACUACUUUGCUCCUCUAAUAUUUGAAUAACCUAUUGUAUUCAAACACAUGACCAGCUGUUUGGUGUAGCGGUUUCCAUUGGUCAGAUAACCAGUUCACUCUGGCCUUUGGUCACCGCAUGAGUUUUGGAGAGCACAAAAGGCUUCAGCUUACCGUUCUGGGAGAUUGUCUCCCGCUGCUGCUCAACUUGACAGCUCCGGGGAACCCCUCACACCUCACUAAAGUGCAGCCAGUCUAGUUCUUCUUAGCAAGCCGGACGAGAAGUAUUCAUAUAGAACAGUACAGCACAGUAUUCAGCUAGGACAUUUUACCAACUUAUCUAAACCUACUUCACAAUCAAUCUAACUCUUCCCUCCUACACAGCCCAUUACCCUCAUAUUUCUUACAUCCAAAUGCUUAUACAAGAGUCUUUUAAAUGCUCCUACUGUACCACCCUCUGACCAUGCAUUUUGGGCAAUUACUACUUACUGUGUGGAAAAAAAACUACCUCUGCUCACCUUAAAAGGAUGUCCUCUGGUACAGGCCAAGGCUGCUGUAGGAAAAAAAAAGACUCUGGCUGGACCUAUGCCUCUUAUCAUCUUGUACACCUCUGUCAAAUCACCCCUCAUCCUCCGUCGCUCCAAAGAGAAAGGCCCUAGCUCACUCAGCCUUUCCUCAUAAACCGUGCCCUCUAAACCAGGCAGAAUCCUGGUAAAUCUCCCCUGCACCCUCUCUAAAGCUUGCACAUGCUUUCUGUAAUGUGAUCAUCGGAAAUGAUCACGAUACUCUAAAAUCCACGGAAACACUAUGACUCGGAAGGAAGGCAUUCAGCCAAUUGGGCCUGCCCUAGUUUCAGGUAGGGAAGUCCCCUGACCCAACCCCUGCUUUGUCCCACAGCCUCUUGAUUUUUCCUUACCGUUCUUCCUGAAAUCCUUGACUGAUUCAGUCCCACAGAACAAAUUAUCAUCAUUCCCUAUGCUUAAAUAUAAAUUCCUUCACCCUUCCUCUUACGCUCCAAAUUAUAAAUCUGUGUGCUCCAGGCCCUUCAACCUCCAUGUUCUUUUCCACUUUUCCCAAAUCCGCCCUUGACCUUUGCCUUCCUCACAUUCACCAGUCUAACCCCAGAGAUGAAUUUCCUCAUCUCUAGAACCUUCCGAAGGAAUCUAUUCUGCACCCUCUCAGAAUCAGGCUUAAUGUCACAGGCCUAUGUGUCAUGAAAUGUGUAGUUUGCAACGCAUAAACAAUUAGUGUAAAAAGAGAGCAAAAGUAGUGAGGUCAUGUUGAUAGUUUGGUUCAUGGUCCAUACAGAAAUCUGAUGGCAAUGGAGUAGAAGCUGUUCCUAAAAUGAGUGUGUGUCUUCAGGUUCCUGUACCUCCUCUCUAAUGGUAAUGGAUGAUGAGGAUCCUCAAUGAUGGAUGCAGACUUUCUGAGGCAUCACCUUUUGAAGAUGUCCUCGAUGCCGGGGGUGGGGCUAGUGCCUAUAAUGAAGCUGAGUGGGUUUGCAACCCUCUGCAGUUUUUUGAUACUGUGCAGUGGCCCUUCUGUACCAGAACAUGAUGCAACCAGUUAGAAUGUUCUCCACAGUACACCUGUAGAAAUUUGCUAGAGUUUUUAGUGACAUACCAAAUCUCCUCAAGCUCCUUAUGAAAUAUAGCCUCUGUCGUGCCUUCAUUGUAAUUGCAUCAGUAUGCUGAGCCUUGGAUAGAUCUUCAGAAAUGCUGACAACCAGGAACUUAAAACUGCUCCCUCUUUCCACUGCUGACCCUCAAUGAGGAAUGGUGUGUGUUCCCUCGACUUCCCCUUUCUGAAGUCCAUAAUCAGAUCCUUGGUCUUACCGACAUUGAGAGAAAGGUUGUUGUUGCAACACCACUCAACCAGCCAAUUCAUCUCACUUCUGUACACUCAAGGGCUCUCGCAAAAAUGCUUUAGUUAAGUGACCAGUGUUACAGGUAUUUUGUACAGGUGCAAGCAUUUGUAUAUGAAUCUCAGGUCUUUUGAAUCUGGUCUUUUGGUGUACCCUGCCACGAAUCCUGUCAGGUUCCUCUGUUCUCACACAAACUUCAGAUGUGCUGUUGGGUCUUUUAUCGUUCUGGCUGUCAUAUCUUAUUAGAGAAAGGAGACAUGAGCAAAUUUGUACAUUCACGUGGAGAGAUACUGCAGUAGGAAGAUUGUUAGCACAGCUAUCUCUCCUCAGACUGGAAGACCUUCAACUAAUUGCCUCAUUUACACAUGAGAGAUUUUGACCUUGUAUGCAAAAAUGUUCUAGCCACAAAAUCAGCAUGGUAUAUUUGUUCAUCUGUUUGACAAUCUUCAAUGUUUUAUAAAGGUUCUCGCCUCACUGGGGUUUGACCACCCAGUCUGGGAGCACAGCGUGUACACUUUGUUUCAAUCAUUUACAUGUUAGGUUGUUAAUUUUGAAUAGGUGUUUGCAUUUAUAAACAGGCAAAAUGUCCUGGUAUUUCAUAUUGUUUUGUGUUAAUUCCAAAGCCUCUACUUUCUGUCAAAGAUUUGACCUUGAAUGAUUUUUUUACUGUUCCUUGUAAAUUAUGUAAAGAGCUGUCACGUUGUAUAGCUUUUUACUUUCAUUUGGUUUUCAAACGACACUGAAUUAAAUAAAAAAAACAAAG